CUGAAAAUAUUAUUUUAAAUCCAAUGAAGAAGAAGAAUAAUUAAAUAUUCCUCUAACUGUUAUUAAAGCAAUCAUUAUAAGUGUGCCCUGUUGACAAUUCUUUUAAUUGCACAGCAGGGACUAUGAAAACAUACAGGACACUUUGAGCAACUAAUUAUUGCACUGUCUACAAUCAAAACAUCAUAAUUAAUUAGCCCUCUAAAGAUGAGCAACUCAAAUUAUACAAGAUUGACCAAUGAAAAUCUAAAAAUUAAAACCUGAGUUAAAAAAAUUUAGAAACUGACCAAUGAAAAUUUGUAACUUUUGUCUUGUGCCAUCUCCUACUCGAACAAAAAGCCCUGACACCUGAGCUUUGACCAUGACACUUUUCGUGCAAAGUUCAAAUCUUCUGACCUUGAGUUAAUCAAUUUGGCGAAAACUAAAGAUUAGUCUACAAUGGAAGUGCAUUACCCAGCUUAUCACUACAUUGAUGACAUUGAGUCUGCAACUGAGAGAAGUAUGUCAACAAUCGGUCAGCCUCCCGUGAUUGACCUCUCAGAGGUCAUCGCCACGACAAUCCUUAGUGACAAUUCCAAGGACACCUCCUUCAGUGAUGACCUUGCCGACCUGACUGAUGUGUUUGACCCCUCCAAGGAGAGCACAGACUUUGAUGAUUCCGGUGUGUCUCAGGACCAUGUUGUGUUGUGUGGUGAAAAUGUCCGUGUUCGUCACCGCAGUGCUCUGUCCAGCUGUGAAGUUCUGGAACUGGAUGAAGAAAUCGAACCUCCUAAGGUCACCAACAAGACUCAGCCUUUGAAGACCUCUACCCCUGCCACUGUUCACUCACAGACAAUGCUCUCAGCCACUCCUUACAAAAACAACAGUUUUGUGGGUGAUUCUCGAUUCAACGACUCGCUCAAUAAUCUGCUUGGAUCCCCAGACAGUUCUCUUCACAACAACCCCUUCUUCAACGACCUUCAAGCUGCAUUAGCCAAUGAAUGCAACUCUACUGCUCCUACCAAAGACUUUCUUCCACAAUCCCUCUUUGAUGCCUUGACAACACAGCCCAACAGUGAUGUGUUCUCAAGGGAGCAGAUGCUUCAGGAGCGCUUUAACAAACUCAUAUCUACCUUCCCUGACGAUGUGCGAAAACUUUCCGAGUUCUACCAUCACCAAGCCUCAGAAGUGGAGACAGAGAGAUUCUGUGCACUUCAGCAGAAGGACCUGGCAUCAGACGUGAAGUACACCAUGAACUGUCACUACGACUCUCAGCUUCAUCAGAUCAUGGACCGAGUUGAGCAGAGCCUGAACCUACUCGAGAAAACCCAGCAGAUGAACUACAGUUCUAGAGCCAUCAAACCGCGACCUCUCCUCUCAAAGAAAGCCGUUCAACUGAUGGAGAAGUGGUACGACAACCAUCUAGAACAUCCCUACCCCAACACUGACGCCAUCGAGCAGCUGUCCGCAGCGGGGGGCAUCACCGCCGAGCAAGUAAAGAAGUGGUUCGCCAACAAACGUAAUCGGUCCAACAACACCCGUACCCUCACCGAAAUCGCCAAGAAAAAACGACAGCUGGCCUUGAAGAGCAUGGACUAUUUUUAAUUUAAGACCAAUGUUGAACUGUUUUUUGUUAAGUUUUCAAGUGCUGUUUUUGUAUAUAAAUUAUUUGUUCACACAUAUGCUGCCAAAUUUGUACAAUUAUGAAUCUGUUGAAUUUCUAUUAUGAAAAUUAAAAAUAU